AUGAAGGUGUUUGUGAGAGCUGUUCAUGAAGCAAACUGGAUGAAUGAGAUGGAAAUCGACAUUUAUGAUUCACGGUUUGAUCCAGUUGUUUCAUCUCUGCCUGGACUUAUUCCAGAUGGAUUCAUCUAUCUUAGAGCUAGCCCUGAUACCUGCCACAAACGAAUGAUGCUACGCAAGAGACAAGAAGAAGGUGGAGUAAGCCUUGAUUAUCUUCGUGGUCUGCAUGAAAAACAUGAAAGUUGGCUUUUACCAUUUGAAACUGGAAAUCAUGGUGUUUUUAUCUGUCAGCAAGCUCCCCCCUUACAUGGAUGCCUCCUUGCAUCCUGGUAUAAAAGAUCAGGUUUUCUAUUUGGAAGGCAAUCAAAUGCACUCAAGUAUUCAAAGGUCCCUGCUUUGGUUCUUGAUUGUGAACCCAACAUUGAUUUUUCAAAGGAUAUCGAUGCUAAGCAGCAGUAUGCUCGUCAAGUUGCAGAAUUCUUUGAAUUUGUCAAGAAAGCGAAAGAAGUUCCAGAAAGCGGGUCAUCCCAAUCACAGGUGCUAUCACCUCAUAGUGGUGGGUUGUGGGUCCUACCACAGGUACAGGGGAAGAAUUUUCCCGAGUCUCUAAAAUCAUUGGACUUGAGAAAGGCCAUGUCUCUCAUGUCUAGGACUGGCUCUACUUGA